UAGAGUGGAACAUAUGGUUGGUGCGUGUCUUUCUUUAGCGAGUUCCUCGUUAUGUUAAUUUAUUAAUGCGGCACUAUGCAAGGAAAAUCAAUAAAACGAAACAAGUAUCCUUUUUUAUAUCCAUGACUGCAAUCGAUUUCGGUCAUACGCUCAGAAAGAGAGUUUCACUUGGUGAAUAUAAUGUGAAAGUGAUGAAGUGAACGGGAUCGUUUGGCAUAAUGUCCGAUAUAAACGUUUUUAUAGUAGUUAAUUUGGGAUGUGAAAUGCUGUAUGUCAUUGACCAGCGGCUUAGAGCUCAAGGGAUAACGUUGGAUAAGUCGGUUCAAGUGCUCCGGGAUAUUACGGGAAUCCUGCUGGAUCCCAACUUCAUUGAACGGCUCAUCAUAGGUAGCAAGCAGAAAGCUGUUCUAACGGAAGAGCACUGCAAGUUUAUUCUGAAUGAUUUCGCCUGUUGCUCCCUGAUGCGCUUGGAUGAAUCAUCGAUGUCAAAACUCUGGGACUUAAUCACUAUGAUAUUCAAAUGGCAGCUGGAAAUGGUGCGAACCCCAGAAAAGCUGUUGGAGAUAACAUUCAGGCAUUUGGAUGGUGUCGGCCAAUUACACCCUAGUGCGAAGAAAACAAUGCUUAUUGACUGCACCAAAAAUACAAUUGGUAAUUUCUGGAGCAGCCAUGACGCAACGAAGCAAGAAGAGAUGUUUGCCUCCAUUAAAUGUUGGUUUCAACCGCUUAAUACAAAGAUAUCUGUUUUGAUUCGCUUAGGGUUCCAAAAUAUGGAUGGAACUCUAACGAUCGAUACGAGUUCAGACCGGUACGCACAAUUCAUUAAUAAUAUUGGAGAGAAUGUUUACAUAAAAAAUGAAACUUCUCGCAAAAAUGCAAAUGAUCACUUUAAAGGAUUGGCUGAGCAAUUACAUAUUGCACCAAAUAAUGAUAGUAGAAUUUCGCCGUUUACAAAGAAUUUACUUUUUGGGGAUGCUGGCAAAGCCGAUCCUGCAGCUGAGGAAAAUGUGGGAAGUACGGAAUUCGUACAAUUAAAAACGGUACAUAAAGCGACUAGUUCAUGGGAAAGUCUCCUUAAUGGAAAAAUGGCGCCGACAGAGAAGAAGAACCUGCAGGCUUUACUUAAUAUGAAACUAUCGUAAUAUUUGAUGAUAUGAAACUAUCGUAAUAUUUUACGUACCAUGUCCUAUGUGCCUCGAGUGCUCACUUCUAAGAUGCAGAAAAUGUUAACCAAAAUCAUCGCUGUAAGGUUUUUAGAUUAAGGGGGUCAUCCCGUGUGAAGGUCGUUUUUUUUGCCUUUUUUGGAAAAAUUAUUUUGGAGGACUGGAUUUCACCAUAUGUUUAUUGAUAUCUCUAGUAUAUGUAAUAAAUUUUUCAGCCU